UUCGGGUUUUUGUAACACACUCUCGUGACACAAAGAUGGCGGACGAAUCGGAGCCGGAAGUGAAAAAACCUCGCUUAGAAAGCAGCCCUCCGUUGUUUGGAUCUCUAGAAUUAAUAUAUCAUGAUUCAGCUAAAAAGAUGCAGAAGAGGUAUGAUGCAGUUCAAGAUGCAUUCAUUACCAAAUAUGGUCAUAGGCCAUCAUUCUAUGCGAGAGCACCAGGGCGAGCAUAUUGACUAUUGCGGAUAUGGAGUUCUACCAAUGGCCAUAGAUCAGGAUAUUAUGAUUGCYGCCAGCCCCAACACUGAUAAAAUGCUUCACAUUUCUAACUCAGAUUCAAACUUUGAGGAUUUCAGUGUAGACACCCUUGAUUAUCAAAUAGAUGGGAAAGAAUGGUAUCAUUACUUUCUAUGUGGAUACAAGGGUAUUGUUGAUCCAAAUGAGGAGGAAAAUAGAGCACCAGUAUUAGAUCCUGUUGGGAUGAAUACCAUAGUCAAUGGGUCUGUACCAAAGAGUGCAGGGUUGUCAAGUUCUUCAGCUUUGGUUUGUUGUGCUGCUUUAGCCACACUACAUGUCAAUGGACUAGAACUAUCCAAGCAUGAAUUGGCUGAAAUUUGUACAAAGUGUGAACGUUAUAUUGGCACUGAAGGUGGAGGAAUGGACCAAUCAGCCUCCUUCUUAGCUGAAKGAGGAACUGCCAAGCAUAUUGAGUUCAACCCAAUAAGAACAAGCGAUGUUCAACUUCCUGAUGGCAUUGCAUUUGUUAUUGCCAAUAGUUUGGUUGAAAUGAAGAAAUCUGAAACUGCAGGAACACAUUUUAAUGUCCGUGUAGUUGAAUGUCGAUUAGCAGCAAAGUAUUUAGCAAAAUCCAAAGACCUGGAAUGGCAAAAGGUGAAACGUCUUAGUGAUGUCCAAGACAAAUUAAAUGUUAAACUUGAUGACAUGGUUGAGCUGGUAGACACAGUUCUCAAGAAAGAUCCAUAUUCCAAAGAAGAGCUCUGCAAGUUCUUUGAUAUGACAGAAAAACAGCUUGUUGAUGAAUGUUUAAGUCCAUCAACUGCUGAAGUUAAAACCUUUAAGCUCCAUCACCGCGCCAAACAUGUGUAUUCAGAAGCAGGACGUGURCUUAAGUUUAAACAGAUUUGUAGUGAAKGACCYAAAAAUACUAUAGAGGUUCUUGGUAAUCUGAUGAAUGAGAGCCAUGAGAGCUGUAGUAAACUGUAUGAAUGCAGUUGUGAUGAACUGGAUGAACUUAUUGCAGCAUGCAGAGAGGCUGGUUCCCUUGGUUCCAGGCUUACAGGAGCAGGAUGGGGUGGUUGCACAGUUCACAUGGUCCGCGCAGAUGCAGUAGAUGACUUUAUAUCAAAGGUUACCAAAUCCUACUACUCCGCUACGCCUCGUCGUCAAGAGAGAGUUAGUGAAGCAUUAUUUGCCACCAAACCAGGGUGCGGYGCAGCUGUGUUAUGCUUAGACUAAACUCACGGGGACCCUGUGUGUCAUCAGUUUGCAUAUUAGGAUGUUUGUGUAAUYRUAUUUAUCUUAGUUUUGAAUCCUUACGUCAUUCAAUCAAACCUCGUCUCAGGUCAGCCCCACCUCAACUCGACUAGACCGAAAGAGAAUAUCACAACGGAGACUGAAACUUUGUGAUCGCUUUCGGUCCAAUCAGCAGUMGCACCAGAGGUCUUAAAAAUAUAAUAUAGGAACUUGUUAGAUGAAAUCUAAUAAUAGUAUGAUUAUUUAACAAUAAACUCAUAGUGAAUUGUCAUUAAUUCGAAAAUGUA